AUGGAUCCAUAUCCAUUAUCGCAACCUUCUAACUUUGUUGACUUAUUAACAAGUCAACAUGAGCCAUCAUUGAAUGAUGGUUUCCUUUCUGUCGACCAUGUUCCCGUAUUUGGCACACAGCUUUCACAAGCCACAAACUACGCUGAAACUACUGCUCAGCGAGUAGAUAGAAGGACUUGGGUCCCGAAUGAGGAUGUGCUGCUAAUCAAUGUUUGGCUAAACACAAGCAAAGACCCUGUCGUGGGCAACGAGCAGAAAUCCAGAACUUUUUGGAAGCGGAUCGCUAUAUAUUACGCAGAGUUUAGGGAACCUUCGAUGGGUGCACCACGCGAGGCUGGCCAAUGCAAGCAACGGUGGCACAAGAUCAACGAUCUUGUGUGCAAGUUAUGUGGAUCGUAUGAGGCAGCAACGAGGGAUAAGACUAGUGGAAUGAACGAGAACGAUGUCAUUAAGAUGGCGCACCAAAUCUACUUCAAUGAUCAGAAGAAAAAGUUUAACUUGGAACAUGCGUGGAAGGAGUUGCGAAACGACCAGAAGUGGGCUGAACUGUUGACAACAAAAACGGAUCCGGCGUCCAAAAAAAGAAGGACUGAAGAAGUUCCAUACUCACCGAAUCCAGAUGUGGAGGAAAUCAGGGCAACCGAGAUCGGUCAGGGUAGCAGCAGGCCACCCGGAGUAAAGGCGGCGAAAGCUAAAGGGAAGAAAACUACGCUUGACGGGAAGUCGUGUGCUGAGUUUGAGGGCAUGUGGGUUUUUAGGGAGAAAGAGAUGGCCAUCAAAGAAAGACUCUCCAAGAUGGCUCUUCUUGAAAGUCUGGUUGCCAGGAAGGAGACCCUAGCUGAUUACGAGGAAGACCUGAAGAAGACGCUUAUACAGCAGCUCUUCUAG